AUGAUGCACGCCGGCUGAAAGCUCAGCUCCAACUCUGCGAACGCUCACGUCUUCCACGUAGUUGACUCUCACUGGAGGAAAAAGACAAGACGACAUGAAGCGAAACUCUUGAUUUGUAUCUGGAUUAAGUUUCCACGUCAUUUCGAGAGACGCGUGUCGGUGUGGGGGGAAACAUGAGGAUAACUGUCGCUCCCCGUGGAUGAUGAUGCCCCACAAUGAACACAGAUUUGCAAAAUCCACUACAAGUCCCUCGACCAAAGGUUCGCAGUCAUCUGACCAUCAAAGUGCAGUCCAAACUGAUGUCCAGGCCGUGUCCCCCUGUCCGUGGUCCAAAACCUCCUGUCGCCCCCAAGCCCAGACCCCUGUAUGAGCUUCAUUCACAAGGGGAGUCCUGUCCCCCGCAGAGCUUGAGUAACGGAGACCUGGCUCACUCUGAUGGGGAGACGGAAGAUCUUCAUGAAAUGGCUGCAGAGAACCUGGACAAAGAGGAGAAAAGCGAGGAUGGGGUUAAUGACACCAGCAUCGGGCACAAUGACAAAGAGGACGUAGCAGAAGGAGAAAUUGAGGAGGAAACAGAAAAAGAAGUAGAUAUAUUAGAUAAUGAUGGCGACAGCAUUGGCUCCGAGGACACAGUCAAAGCUGAUGAUGAUUCUAAUGUUGAUACUACUGAGGAUGAAAACACUGACAAUGACUUGAUCCAGCCUGAAGGUGGUCAUCACACUGAUGAUGAGAAAACAUCUACGCCUUCACUUAAUCCUGCUGAGAUGGAGGAUAAAACGGGAGAGGAGGCGGAGGAGGAGGAACCAAGUUUUAAUGAAAAAACUGACAUAGUUUGUGGCUCUUUAGGACACAAACACGUAGAACAGAAUCUUGACCAACCACAGUCCCUCAGUCAGGGUUAUAAGGACAAUGUCACUGGACAUAAUGAAGUAGACAGGGAACAAAGGGAGGACUCUGUGCACUGUUUACACACAGAUGAGACUGAUCUGGAAGUUGGAGGAUUUGCAUUUGGAUUCAGUGUGCUUCCAACUGUAACUGAGGAGUAUCCCUACGAUGUGAUUGGCCCCACAGAUGAUGCUAGUGAUACAUGUGACCCAGCUGAAACAGGGGAAACAGGGGUAUGGCAACCAGAACGGGCCACCAAGGACCUCUCUGGCUGUUUCCGAUUCACGUCCAGCACUGAGGAUGUUUUUGGGCCUUAUUCGGUAAUCGAAGCUGUUCCGCCAGAUAUGACCGGCACCGCUGACCCAGAGUGGAGUCAGGAUGAUACUGAUGACAGACCCUCAAAUGAACUGCAAACGGCAGGUGCUUCUAACCUGGAACCUUACUAUGUGUCAUCAGAUGACGUGGAUAAGCUCGAGGAUAAGCAAGUCCUCUCAGAACUGGGUGAGAUCGAGGAGAGCACCGAGCCGUCCAAUCAGCACGAAGGCAAAGCAAAGGACAGCGAGUCAACAGAUGAGUAUGCGGAUAUUGACGAUUCGCUCUGCCUUCAAGCGGAAGACCAGCGGCUGGAGUGUGUCUCAUCGGAGGAUUACGUCGAGAUAGGCGAUGAUGACGAAGAGGAAGAAACGGAAAAAAAACACAUCAAAGGAAAAACUGCAAAAGAGAGAACGGCUAAACGAGAGCAGGCUUUCCUCAGCCAGCGAGCGAGCUGCCAGCCUCGCCUCAGGUUGUGCAACAUCACAGUGCCAACAGAACUCGAUGCAGGCCGCACCCCGGAGAUGACCAACAGGGUGGUGUUUGCCCACACCACUGAGGCCUUUGAAGAAGACAUUGAGGAAUUGGACUGCCAUAUUGUGCCUUACGAUGAGGACACGGACUCAGAGAACGAGGAGCAUAUAUACGAGGAGGCAGGAUUUGACUCCGAAGGGGAGAACUUUGUGACAAUUGAUCGGAAGACUAUUGUCACACGAUCACGCUCUUAUUCUGGGAAGAUUUCAGGUUAUGUCCCAGAAACUGUACCAGAGGAGACUGGGACGGAGUACCAGACUCACGACUACUGCACAGUGGCCUUAGAUAAAAACAACGAACCACUUAGCCAUUCACAGCCACCUGGGGUCAAGAGUUUGAUCCCGUCGAUGAAGUCUCAACGUUUCUUGUUUUAUUCACGAUCUGCAGAGGGUCCAGAAUUGACCUUGACCUCUCCCACAGAGAUCAACCACUCUCGGAAGGAUGACAUCAGGAUGAAGAGGAAAGAUGAUACCCUUUCUCUUCCAUGUGUCAUAACCUCUUCUGGAAGCUUCUCCCAGCGUAGCCUUCAAUCAUCCAGUGGUGUUUCCACACCGACCUCUCUCGUGGACAUUCCACCACCCUUUGAGCUGGCAUACAUCACUAAAAGACCAGUCACCAAGAGUUCCCCAUCCCUCUUGAUCCAGAAUGAACCCAGCGAAAUACCUAAGAAGAAGUCCUCCUUCAAGCGCUUCCUGGCUCUUAAGUUCAGGAAGAAGACAGAUUCGAAAGGUUUCAGCGAUGGAAGUGUCCGCUCGUCUCGUUCUUCCUCCGAGUCCAGCCACCACGGCACAGUGAGAGUCAUCGAGCUUGACCGUAGAAGCACCGGCAGCUCUCCUCAGCUUCAGAACCGCAUCGUGAACCCCCAGCAGCGUCCUUUAGAACUGCCACCCCCCUUUGUCCUCCACCUUCAGAGGAAGAAAGGUGACCCCAAAACUUAUGGCAGGGGCGUCUCCAGAGUGGAGUCCUUUGAGGAGCGUUCUCGGCGCUCUGCCAUGCCGCUGCCUUUGACCAAACCCCGCUCCAUCUCCUUCCCCAGUGCAGACACCUCAGACUAUGAAAACAUCCCGGCCAUGAGCUCAGACUAUGAGAACAUCCAAAUCCCAAGCAGACCCACCAGAUCCCACACUGUCACAGAGUUUUUUGAGGACCCAAAUCGCACUACAGUCGCCUGCAAUGAGAAUGAUGGCUAUGUGGAUAUGAACAGUUUCCCUGGAAUUGAAAGCAUAACCCAGACAUCAAAAGAAGACACUGAAAGUGCCUACACGGAGCCUUUCCCAAUGAACUCUGGCGGGGUUUCAGCGGACGAGGACCACGGGCGUACGUCAGAGGAGGAAGAGGGCGUGGCUGAGCCGAGUUAUGACAGACAGAUUGAUGGCCGGUCCCGAGCGUUCUACGUCGCCAAAGAGCUCGUCGACUCCGAGAGACUACACGUCAGCACCCUCAAGUACCUUCAACAGGACUUUAGGUCCGCGGUGACAGAGGCGGCGGUGGGUGAGGAAGGGGAGCCUGUGCUGGAGGAGCAGAGGUUAGGAGAGAUAUUGAGCGUGCUCCCCCAGGUCUACACCCUACACAGCAGCAUCCUUACUGAGCUGGAGGAACGCAUUAGUCAGUGGGAGGAGAGCCAAAGGGUAGUUGACGUGAUCCUGUCGCGUCGGGCGGACUUUGGGGUGUUUGACACCUUUAUCUCACAGUAUGAUCGCAGCAUGUUCUUACUGGAGGAGAGCUGCAGGGAAAACCCGGCCUUCGCCAAUGUCGUCAAGACGUUUGAGAAGAGAAGCCCAGAGGAAGCUGAAGUCCCACUGAAACACCAGCUGCUGCAGGUUAUUGUGAGAGUGCUUCAAUAUCGAAUGCUCCUCACAGAUUACCUGAACAACCUCUCUCCUGAUUCGAAAGAAUACGAUGACACGCAAGCUGCCUUGGUGAUCGUGUCCGAGGUGGCGGACCAGGCCAAUGACAAUCUGAAGCAGGGGGAGAACUUGCUGCGUCUGGUCCACAUCGAAUACAGCUUGAAGGGCAAGAGGGACCUCCUGAAGGCCGGAAGGAUGUUCGUCAAAGAAGGCACACUCAUGAAGGUCUCGAGGAAAAGCAGGCAGCCGCGACACCUGUUUCUGAUGAACGAUAUAAUGCUGUACACCUACCCUCAACAGGAUGGGAAAUACAGGCUUAAGAACACACUAUCUCUGUCUGGGAUGAAGGUGAGCAAACCUGUUCUAGACCACGUGCUGAACUGUCUUAAGAUCGAGGUCUCUGACAUCACCAUAACACUGUCAGCAAGCUCCGUUGGAGAGAGGGAGGACUGGUUCCACACGCUGAGUCGAGCCAUAGCGGACCAUGCUGCAGGACUCUGUACGUUUGGUGGACCCUGCAGUGAGGCCCGUGAGAAGUUGUGGAUGGCCCUGGGCGAGGCUGCUCCUGUACUGGUGCCAGUUUCUCAUGCAAUGAUGUGCAUGAACUGUACCUCUGACUUCAGCCUCACGCUGAGACGACACCACUGCAACGCCUGCGGCAAGGUGGUGUGCCGGUCCUGUUCCAGGAACAGAUACCCACUGAAGUACCUCAAAGACAGGGUCGCCAAAGUGUGCGACCACUGCCAUGCCGAGCUCAGGAAAAGAGGUGGCAGCGUGUCGGGGGCAUGCGGUAACUCCAGCCCUCGGACUCACCGGGCCAGCCGUCCCCUCUCUGCUGUCUUCCAGAGCCUGCAGCCCCCGAGUUUGUGGAAGAGCAGGAAGAGCGCCUCCCAUCUCAACCAGGUGUCACUUACCGUGGAGGGAUCCACCAUGAGCGGCAGCCUGCAGCGCCGGAAGAAGAGCAAGCGGAAGUGGAAGCGUCUGUGGUUCCUCCUCAAAGACAAGGUGCUCUACACCUUCACAGCCCGUGAGGAUAAAGUGGCUUCAGAGAGUCUACCUCUGCAGUGCUUCACUGUCAAGCUCACGGAGAGGCCAGAGGGAGAAGAAAGCAACGUGUUCCACCUCUACCACAAGAAAACCUUGCAUUAUACCUUCAGGGCCGACGAUCCACACACCGCACGCAGAUGGGUCAACGCCAUGGAGGAGGCUACUGUUUUAUAGCACCCGCUCAGUAAAACAAACGCACCCUGCAGUCUGUGACCGCCAGGACUCUCCUCUGUGGAGCACAACACAAGCUACCUGCCGCCAUGUAGGAAUUCAUCACAUAUGACCUGUUGUGUGGAAUAUUGUCUGACAAUUUAAUCACCAGAUAAGGCUGAGGAAAGGACAAGUGGAAAGACCUCUUGUUGGGGAACGAUCGAACAAUAUGAAACCUCGCAUUGCAACUCGGUCCAGCUGAGUUCACGGGAGCCUUCCCUUUUAAGGAGCAGCUUCAUCAAAUGCUUCAUCAAAAGUAACAUUUCAUUCCCACCGUUUCGUCUUUUUACGCAAACCAUCCUGAAAAAUGUAAUAUAAAUUCUCAAAGUGAACUCUUUUAACUACUGUAUUCUGGUGUACCUGAGGUUCCACUGGGUUAUUAACAAAAUUACUCUUUGGUUCUGCAGAAGAACGUUACAUCCUUGACAUUUUUAUAUGUGAAACAUGUGAUUGAAUCUGUGAUUGCAAACCAACUUUGCAGCCAGUAAAAAAAAAAAAGAAAAAGAAAAUAUUGGUGGUCACCGUUUCAGA